AUGAUUAUAAAAUUCCCCUAUCUAUCUAUCUAUCUAUCUAUCUAUCUAUCUAUCUAUCUAUCUAUCUAUCUAUCUAUCUAUCUAUUUCUGUUCAUAUCUAUCUAUACCUAUUCAUAUCUAUCUAUCUAUCUAUCUAUCUAUCUAUCUAUCUAUCUAUCUAUCUAUCUAUCUAUCUAUCUAUCUCUCUCUCUCUCUCUCUCUCUCUCUCUCUAUAUAUAUAUAUAUAUAUAUAUAUAUAUCUAUAUAUUUAUCUAUAUGUUCAUAUCUGUGUAUGUGUCCUAUUUAUCUCAUUCUGCUCAUAUUUUGGCCCAUAUCUAUCCAUCUAUCUAUCUAUUAUCUAUCAUAUAUUAUCUAUCUAUCUAUCUAUCUAUCUAUCUAUGUCUGUUCAUAUUAUCUAUCUAUCUAUCUCAUUCAUCUAUCUAUCUAUCUAUCUAUCUAUCUAUCUAUCUAUGUCUGUUCAUAUCUAUCUAUACCUGUUCAUAUCUAUUCAUCUAUCUAUCUAUCUAUCUAUCUAUAUUCUAUCUAUCUAUCUAUCUUGUGUUCAUAUCUGUGUAUGUGUCCAUAACUAUCUCAUUCUGCUCAUAUUUUGGCCAUAUCUAUCUAUCUAUCUAUCUAUCUAUCUAUCUAUCUAUCUAUCUAUCCUUUCCUCCUUCUUUUUCAAUUAUUCUUGACUUCCUCCGCCUCUUCAUUCUCUUCUUUCUUCGCAUCGACUUUCCCCUCCUCCAGUUCUUUCUCCUCAUUUUCAAUGUAAUCAUCAACUGA